AUGGCUGAUCCGAGACACACUGCUGGGACUCUUCCCAAGCUGCUGGCUCUGCAAUCGGUGCAGAGAGGAGACCAGCCCUUUCUGUUGCUGCCCAAGACCCCAGGCGAUGAAUAUCCAAAGGACCAGAGAGCAGACGGCCCGGAACGGUACCACACGGUCACAUUCAGCCAGUAUCAGCAAAUGACUUUUCAGGCUCGGGCCCAAUUGGUCCAGGUGGCAACUUCGUCGGACGGCAGAUGCCGCGUCAGCAGGGGCGCCCGCGUAGCCAUCCUGGCGAGCAACUCCCCAGAGUACAUUGUGGCCUCGUUUGCAGCGUGGCUGCAGGGGGCGGUCACCGUCCUCCUCUCGACGCGCGUCGGAGACGAGGCGCUGCAGCACUUGGUGUCCCAAUCCGCCCCUUCGGUGCUGCUGGUCUCUCCCGAGACUGAGAUUGCGGGAAAGCGAGUGUUGAAAACGUUUGAUGUCGAAGACCGCCCGUUGCUCCUGCGGCUGAACAAGGGCGCGCUGGCGGAAGCGGUUGCCUCUGGCUCAAAGGUCCUGCCUCCGAUGUACAAAAGUGUAGUGGAUGGCGAAAUGAACGGCGAUCCGGCGGAAAGCAACGGUGCAAAGGGGGGCCACGUGGGCGCGGCAGAAGUGAAGGUUUGGGACUACUCUGAGGCAUCUGCUCCGGCAGUCAUUAUGCACACGGGAGGUACCACCGGGCUGCCCAAGCAGGUCGUUCGCAGCCACGACAGCCUGGUCGAAGUAGCGCGUGCGACUGAGGACCUGGACUCAUCAAACGCUCCCCCGGGGACUUCGCCCAUCCAGUUGGGCUGGAUGCCCCUGUUUCAUGUGGUCGGGUUCUUCGAAAUCGGCGUGCCCCUCUACUCGGGCUUGCCCUACUACUCGGCUACGUUCGCGUCCGCGCCGACCCCCGAGGGCCUCCUUCAGGCGAUCGAGGACAGCGGGUCGCACCUCAUGUUCGCGGUCCCCAUCAUCGUCGAGCAGUGGUGCCACAUGGUCAAACGGGAAGAGGAACCGCACGGGGAUUCCAAGACGCUGUCAACACUCUUAACACUACACUCGCUGAAGUGCUGCGGAGCACCGCUGGCUGACUGGGCGUGGAAGUUCAUGGUGUCAAGGGGCGUCCGCUUGAUCAACGGUUAUGGCACCACGGAGAUUGGCGCUGUGGCGAUCGGUAUUCCCGGGGGGGGGCCUACGCGUAGUGCACUCAGACUGCCGGGACCCCGGUGGGCAGAUCACGUGCGAUUUGUGGAGAGCCCCGUGCCUGGGCACGUCAUAUUAGGCGCUCUGGCGACUCUUCCGGGAAUCGCGCAGGGGUACUUACAGUCGGUGGAUCGGCAAACCGGGCAGAUGAAGAUCCGCCCUCUCGCCCCGUCUUCCGACGUCCCCUACCAAACGGGCGACCUCUUCCUGGUCUACCCCCCAUCCUCUGACGGCGCCACGUGGAUCGAGUCUGUCAUCCGGGCCGACAACUUGCUGGUCCACUCGACCGGGGAGAAAACCAACCCGACAGCCUUCGAGGGGGCGGUCCAGGAGCUGCCGUUUGUUCAGGAUGCGAUCGCAGUGGGCAGCGGUUACCCGCGGCCGGGGCUGGUCGUCAAACCGGACUGGGCGGCUGUGGAGCAGCUGACGUCAGCAGGUCAGGACCAGGAGGAGUGGGUCCGAGGCCAGGUGUGGGCUUUGGUCCAGGCCAUCAACAAGAGGAUGCCGUCCAGCUCGUGGGUCGCGCGAGGAGCGAUCUGCGUUCUUUCCCAAGAAGAUUCUCAAAAGGUCACCUUCCCCCGGACGGUCAAGGGCGAGAUAGCACGUGGCCCAGCGAACGAGCUCCUGAAGAGCCACGUGGCAGCCAUGUACGCGGGUCUUGAAGCACUGUCAGAAAAUUCGGUUCCUCCAGUUACAAACGCUGCACAGACGAAGGAAAAGGAAGUGACAUUCAACAGAGUUCUGGACACCGUCCGCCGGACAGCCGCCCAAGUCCUGGGACUGGAUGCGCAAGAACUGGACGCUCAGUCCGGGGGCAAAGCACCCCCGCUUCUGGACUUGGGCCUCAGCAGUCUGACAGCGACCGAGCUGGCCAAGUUAAUCUCCGAGUUCGUGGGGGUCCCCCUUCCGGCGACCAUGCUGUACGAGGACGUUCCUGACGUGGUCGCCCUCGCCGAGUGGGCAGCCGCUGCCAUGCAAACGAAGACCAAGCAUGCAGCGCAAUCAAACGGACCGGUCCCUGGUACUCUCCCGAACCACAUUUCGGACGGCCUGUCUGAGGUCAAGGGCACCGUUAUCCUUCUGACGGGCGCUACUGGGUUCAUCGGCUCGCACGUAUUACAAGAUCUCUUGAGCCGCCCAGCAGACGAGGUGGCGACCGUGGUGUGCCUGGUUUGGGGGCCCUCGGUCGCCGCCUGCCAGUCCCGGCUGCAGCAAGCUCUACUGCGGACGAGCAAGGGGCGGGAAUCCGGCACCCGGUUCGACAGCGCCCGGGUGGUCGUUGUGCUGGGCGACCGGCAGCAGCCGCUCCUGGGGAUGACUUCCGACCAGUGGCGCUUCUGGGGAGAGCGCGUUCACACCGUAAUCCACUGCGGGGCAGCCGUGCACCUGACCGCAGAGUACGAGAAGCUCGCGGAGGCCAAUGUGAAAAGCCUGCAAGAGAUUGUUCGCUUCGCCCUUCAAGGGGUGGGACCGCCAAAACCCUUCCAGUUCACAUCCAGCGUGUCGGUGGCCUUUCUGCUGGAACCUACUGAGAAGAACGCAGAAGCGCGGGUAAUGCCAGAGGCAGUCGAAUUCGUCGAGCAGCAUGGAUCAAACCAAAUGGGUUACGCGCUAACCAAGCGGAAAGCGGAGCUGGCGCUUGCGGCCGCGGCGCAGGGCACCAGCGUCCCCCUCUUCAUAUACCGGAUUGGGUUAGUGGUGGGUUCCACCGAAAACGAGGGUGCAGGUUCCGCCGACAACCUGUUCACGUGGCUAAUUCGGGCGGCGAAAACGUUCAAAAAGCUUCCUCGCCUGGGACCCGGUGCGUGGAUGGGCAUCCCCGUCGACCAUAUUGCGCCGACUUUGGCUACCCUCGCCCUCCGCCCCGCUCGGUCUGAGACUUCUGACGAGCUCCCUGUCUACCACCUGAUUCCGUUUGCGCCUCAGAGCUGGGACGACAUCUAUUAG